AUGCCCCAGCUACACCAGCUCCUGCUCUGGCUCUUGGAGGAGGAGCAGAAAACCAUCCGAGACAUUCGGAACUCACAGAGAUCUGUGAGGGCCAUGGUGCAGUGCAGACUGAAGGAGCAGGAGGACGUCCGGCUGGAGGCGUGUCCAUGGACCACCACAGGGACCACUCAGUUCCGAAAGAAAAGGGAGAGGUUGAUGUUCGCGGGGGAAGAGAUGCGCUGGUUAGAGGAGCAAGAGAAGGACGUGUUGGCUCCGUUCUUGAUGCGUCUGAACGGCACCACAGACAUGAGUCCAGACCAGGCCCAGACCGUGUACCAGGACUGUCUCCAGGACUUCAGGAGCCGCAUGGUCCAGCAUGCCUGCCUGCUGCAGGAGCGCAUAGAGGAGGAGACCCAGGCCCUGCAGCAAGAGGACGCAGACCACGACUCUCUGACUCUACAGAUUGAAGUGGCACGACAACGCCUCCAAAUGCACAAGAACUGUGCUCCUCAAAGGUAUCGAGCUCUGGAGCAGCAGCUGCGAGCAGACCCACGCCUAGGACCCUUCCUCACGGCCACAUAA